CGUCGAUGGGCUGGGUGUUGACGGUGUCUGAUGUUUGUGGGUUUGGAGAGUUAGGAAAGUGACAGGUCGGUAGUUGGGUGGGUUUUUGAGGCACGGAAUGACUAGAAAAAGGAAAGAAAGGGGCGUUCAUAGACGGGAACAAUACGGACAGUAACAAUCUCACGUUUGUGAAAGUGUCGACGGAGUUGUUUCUCCUGGAAGGGACAGGUAAUAAGGCGUGUGUCUUCUGGCAUGGAACAGAAUCCAGAGCAAUUUUUUGGAACAAGGAUUGAUGAGUCUUCACUAAUUGAAGGAGUAAGCAACCAAGUACUUCUGACAUUAGCUGUCACCAUUACAAUGUUGGGUGGUUUAGCAACAUUCCUGUAUAGAACUGAGCACCAGAACAUUCAUCCUGAGAACCAAGAACGUGUGAGGGAGCUUCGGCAACACCUUCAAGCUGAGGCUUUAAGUUAUCAGGAUGGAUUUGAAAGGGAUAGACAGCAAUUCUACACAGAUAUGUCCUGUCCAGUCUGUUUACAGCAAGCUGCAUUUCCUGUUGAAACCAACUGUGGUCACCUGUUUUGUGGUUCCUGUAUUGUUGCAUAUUGGACUUAUGGCACGUGGUUGGGAGCAGUUAAUUGUCCCAUCUGCAGACAAAUGGUUACAUUAUUAUUCCCACUGUUCCCAGUAAAUGAUGAGCAGCAAGAGUCUAUGCAGGUUAUUCAAAAUAUAAAUGAUUACAACAGAAGAUUUUCUGGUCAGCCCAGAUCUCUUAUAGAUCGUAUAUUGGAUGUUCCCACACUACUGCGUCAUGCCUUCACAGAACUGUUUUCAAUCAGCGGCCUUUUCUGGAUGUUCCGAAUACGAAUCUUCCUCUGUCUGGCUGGUGCCUUAUUCUAUUUAGCAUCACCGCUGGACUUUAUUCCUGAAGCCUUUUUUGGAAUUCUGGGUUUUCUGGAUGACCUAUUUGUUAUUUUUCUACUCCUCAUCUAUAUUUCCAUCAUGUAUCGAGAAGCGGUAACACAAAGAUUGAAUAGAUGAAUUAAUAUUCCGAAAACAAGAGAAACCUGACUGAAUUGAAGUUAAAUGUGAACAAUUUCCUGGAAAUUAUAUUGUUACCUCUUGUUGGCCUGGUUAGAAGUGUUUCGCAAACUGUGAACUUCUGCAAACUCCACGUUAACAAUAAAUAGCCAAAAAAAAUGCAAUUCUUAAAUUUGCAAUUACAGCAUUUUUUUUGUCAACUGAUGUAAUUCAGGUUAAAACGAGUCAGGAAAUACUAAUCUUUGUGUAUUGCAAAGCUUUUUAAAGAGUUAAAAUUCGAAUUAUUACAGAUCGAAUACCUAACGACUUCCCAGAGGUACAUUUAGAGUGAAAUCUAAAUGGUAUAAUUGAGAUGUCCAAUUUGGGAACAGUCAGAGAUAGAAUUUUUUAAAUGUAAGUUUUUGUUGUUUAGAUGAAAACUGCAAGACUGGUAAAUCAUGAAGCUAGAUUGUGUGCUUUUGAGUUAGGCUUCUCCUGUUGUUUUGCACUUUGUAUAAAGAAUAUGGAGGAAAAUUGAAAAUAUCCAUUGUAUGUGUACUUAGGAGUUUAAGGACCAGAGCUUAUUGUAAAUAGAAUGCAGGAAUUUUCUGCCUGCAUAUUUUCUAUGCUAAAAACAUUUAUUUGAUAUUGGAAAGAUUUUCAGUUCCCAGCAUGUAACAAAAUGUGAACAAAUUAUUCCUUUUUUAUUAAAAGUGUUUGGAUGCCUUGUUUGUAAUGCCGCUUGAUCGGCACCCCAUUCAUCACUUGCAUUCUUUCUGCUAUCUGCACAGCCUGGUUAGAAGAUACAUUGCAACAGCUUGCCAAAGCUUUGAUCUCUACCAUCUAAAAGGGCAAAGACAACAAGUGUAUGGAAACUCACUGCCUCCAAGUUCCCUUUCAAGUUGCAUUAUUCUUAUUUGGAAAUGGAUCGCUCUUCCUUCUCUGUCGAUGGAUCAAAAUCCUGGAAUAUUCUACCUAACGACUUCCCAGAGGUAUAUUUAGAGUGCAGACUGCAGCAUUUCACAAAGACAGCUCAAAACCACCUCCUCAAGGCUAAUUAGAAUUAUAGCAUCUGGCCUUGCCAGAAAUGCUGAGAAUGCAUAAAUAUAUUAAAUUAAUUGAUGAUGCUUCAUUCAUUUGUUUGAGUGCUAUCUUCAUAAAUUGAAAAUCACCAACAUGUGAAUGAUUAACUCAGUGCUGAAAUAUUUAAAAGAUAAAACAAUGAAGUUGAACAUAUAUGGAAUUGAAUAGAAAAGAAGUGGCAUAAUAGACUGGAAUGCUUACAUAUUUUAAUCAACUCAUUGGGAAAGGCUCAUUCCUUCACACUUCCCUAUUUAAACUAGAUACUAUGGAUCAGUGAUGAGAUGCUUCUCCACAGGCAGAUCCUAUUGAAGAAAUACUGGAAAUAAUUAUAAAGCAUCUGGUAGCUUGUUUUAGUCAGCAUUGUUCAAAUUGAACUGUGUCAAAUGUUUUGUGAUUGAGAGAGCUGCAGUUGUGUUUAUUAUCACUCUAAGAAGGAGCAAGAAAUCUGCCAAUGUUAUCGACAACCAUGAGCAAGAACUAUUUGAAUGCAAAUGUGAUUUUGUUGUAAGAUGAAUAUAGGGUUGGGCGUUCUUGGGGGACCUUCCAUGAUUAAAUAGUUUUCCAUUCAGUUGUACUUAGGUGCUUACUUGGAACUGGGUUAGUCAAAAUUACCCUGCUAUUCUCUUUGCUUGAACUUUUUUUUGCUUUCAAAUGCAAUAAUCUCUAGCUUAAUAAACUAAUAAUUGUUACAGAUGUUUGAAUAAAAGUAAAGGACAAAAA